AUGGCCGACUUGGACGACUCGUCCGACUUCAUAGAGCCAGCAUCCGAUAAUGUUUCUCUCCGCACCGAAGAGCUCGCUACCGUUACCUCUGACUACGAGCCCACCCUGAACGAAUCCUUGGUGGGCUCGCUCACAUCCAGCGUAUACGCUCACGUAUACGAGAAUGGGCGCCGCUACCACAUGUAUAAGCAAGGCCUGUAUCCCUUGCCCAACGACGACGGCGAAUAUGGCCGUGAGAGCAUCCGCCAUGCCCUCUUCCUGGACCUGCUCUCGGGCAGGCUCCAUCUCGCCCCCAUUGGAGACAGUCCGCAGAAAAUCAUGGAUAUCGGCACCGGCUUUGGCGAUUGGUCCAUCGAGAUGGGCGACAAAUAUCCCAGCGCAAGAGUCAUCGGCCUCGACCUCUCUCCGAUUCAGCCCGUGUGGGUGCCGCCCAACGUGGAAUUUGUCGUCGAGGACGCCGAGGAGGACCAGUGGAUUCACGGCAACGAUUUCGACUUCAUCCACUUCCGCGUCGCAGCCGUUGUCCUCAAAGACCCCAUCCGCGUGGCCGCCACUGCAUUUGACAACCUGAAGCCGGGCGGCUGGAUCGAAUUCCAGGAAAUUCUCCCUCGUGUCGGCUGCAACGACAGCACCAUGCCCGACGACUACGCCAUGCAACGCUAUUAUCACACCGUCUGCGACAUCAUGGCCCGCAAGUACGGCUGGGAUGCCUUCGUCGCCGAGCGGCUGCCUGUCGAGCUUGAGCGCAUUGGUUUCGUCAAUAUCCAGCGCAAAGUCUACCACGUGCCCAUCGGCUUCUGGCCCAAGGACAAGAAGCGCAUGCACCACGCCUUUCUGUACCGCGAAGUCGUGAACGAUACGAUGCCUGCCCUGCGUGCCAAACCGCUGGUCGGAAACGACGUUGGCUUAACGCCCGACGAGAUCGACAGCCUCUUCGCCGACACCCGCGCCGCACUCUGCCUUAAGCGUGUCCACGCCUACGUUCCCUUCCACUUCGUCUGGGCCCAGAAACCGCAGCGCAUGAGGUAA